AUGAUAGAGACUACCGAAGAAGCUUCUACAUCCUAUUCAUUCCGUGGUCCUUCCAAAGUUUUAUGGCGCACUAUACGGGGGAUGAUUCCACACAAAACCAAGCGUGGUGGUACUACUCUCGCUCGCUUGAAUGUCAACGAAGGAGUCCCGCCUCCGUAUGACAAGGUUAAGAUAAUGGUUAUACUACAUGUUUUGAGGCUACAUAGUGGGCACAAGUAAUGCUUGUUGGGUCGUCUAUCGUCUGAGAUUGGCUGGAACCAUUACGAUACCAUUAAAAAUCUUGAGGUGACGAGAAAGGUAAGGUCACAAGUGACGUAUGAUCCUAAGAAGCAACUUAACAAGCUCAGGAUCAAGGCAGAGAAGCUCGCAGAAGAGAAGCUCGGAUCACAGCUCUAUGUAUUAAGCCCAUUUUAUCAAAAGCUAGUCUUGAUUUUGAUUCUGCCACUGAAAUUUUGUUUUGUGAGUGUCAAGCAUAAACAUCUAAAGAACCCUCUAUUUUCAUCGUUGUUGAUUUAUGUUAUCUAUAUUUGA